ACGGAAGAUUUUAUGGAACCUGCAACAGCUGGACCAAGUGGAAUAGGCCGUUUAAUAUCAUCGACUCCUGCGGUACAAGCAGACAUUAGGACUGUAACGUCGCAUAGGUCUGACUUAAAUUCGUUUGUUUCGCCGACUAAUAAUGGAAUAGCAAAUGGAAUGGACGAUAAUUCGGAAUCCAGUGAAAGUACUAGUGGAUGCAGUUCGCUUAUUCCACAGAUAAAUAGGCACGAAGGCCCAUCAAACUUGUUGUAUAGUUCAUCGUUUACUAGUAGAAAGAGGCACGUCGAUGAUAAAUUGACAUUUACUAAUCAUUUACAAUCUCCAAGGUCCUUGUUUCUAGACAGUAAUUCUCGCGAUACUUUAAGCAGUCGUAUGCCGUCUUCUGCUUGA